AUGCACAAGAUGAUAGAAAAUAUGUUGAUUGUUUUAAAUGUAACAAUGAGAAUUUUCAUUUUACAUUUAUGUUAUGUAGGUACUGAAAUUUGGAACGAGGAGCUACUUUUAAAAGAAAACUUCAUAAAUGGAUCACCUAACCUAUGUCAAAAUGGUAGACAUCAAUCACCGAUUAAUAUUAUGACCAAAAAUCUUGUUUAUGAUCAUUCACUAUCCGCAAUGGAGAUAGAAGGAUUAGAAAAGCAACUUGAACUAAUCGUUGAAAAUUGUGGAUACGAUAUACGUAUAAGUUUAACUAAUGAAUUUGUACAAUUAAAUGGUGGUCCAUCCUCAUAUGCUUAUCGAAUUUCUUUUAUGCAAAUUAAAUUUGGAUCAGCAUCAACUCAAGGAUCAGAGCAUACAAUCGAUGGUAAAGCAUUUCCAGGUGAAUUGCAGAUUUAUUCAUUCAAUAAUGAAUUAUACAAUAAUUUAUCUGAGGCAUUUUAUCGUCCGAAUGGUAUACUUGCUAUCAGCGUUUUCCUUAAAAUUGGAAAUGCAACGAAUAAGGACCUUUUAGGAGUUGUAGCUGCAGCCGAACAAACAAUAUUUAAAGGUGAAACAUUCCAGCUAAAAGGUCUUGAACUACGCUCAUUACUAACAUCAACACAUGAGUUUAUGACAUAUGAAGGAUCAUUGCCAUUUCCUCCAUGCCAUGAAACAGUUACCUGGAUCAUAUUGAAUCAUCCUAUAAUGAUUACUGAAACUGAAUUAAAAACUCUUCGGAGAUUACGAGUUGCCGAUACAUUAUGGUCAGGAUCGAUGGCUGACAAUUUUCGACCAACUCAAGCUAUUAAUAACCGUUCAGUUCGGACGAAUAUCAAUUUUCGUAGUUCGAAUGAAGCGUGUGAUGUGCGUAAACAAGUUUCAUAUAUUGCUAAUGUUGCACAAGUUUGA